AUGGUUAAAAAAUUUUCAGGAAUAAUCUCUUUAACUUUUGUUUGUACACUUCUUGGUGUUCUAAGUCGUCUCGAGACAGUUGAAGGUUACGCGUGUGACCCUACCACUUGUCAACCACCAAAAUGUUUUUGCGCAACUACUAACCCUCCGGGUGGCUUGUCAGUCGACAAGACACCUCAAUUCUUCCUUUUAACUUUUGAUGAUUCGAUUCAAGAUCGUACCAUAAAUGUUGUAAAUCAACUUCUUGGAAAGAGAGUAAAUCCUAAUGGAUGUCCAAUUAAAACUACUUAUUAUGUUAGCACUCAAUAUACUGAUUUUUCAAUGGUUGCCGAUCAUACCAUGACACAUCCACAAGAUCCUUUUGAUGAUGAAAUUAUUGGAAACAAAAAAGCGCUCAAUGCUUUUGCUGGUAUUCCAAAUGGCAAGAUUUCAGGAUGGAGAUCCCCCUUCCUUAAUUGGCAACCAAAAACUUUUGAUAUCAUUGCCGAACAAGGAUUUCAAUAUGAUUCCUCAACGACUGCCUUACCGGAAGAUGCUACUUGGCCUUAUACUAUGGAUAACGGUUUAUAUAAUGAUUGCUGGAAAGGUUUUUGUGAUACAGUUAAGCAUCCCGGUGUAUUUGAAAUCCCGAUGGCUGCUCUUAUAGAUGAAAAGGGUUUACCACAUUUAAUGGAUCCAAUGCUUGAUGGACCACCAGAAACGGUUCAGAAAUGGUUACAAGACAAUUUCAUUCGUCAUGGAACACAAGGAAAAACUCCCUUCGGUCUAUACCUUCACCCGGUUCAACUUGCUUCCGACAUACCAGGUCGACCAGAUCCCAAACCAAGUAUUCAAAUGAUUGAGGACUUUUUAGAUUGGGCUCUCAAACAGCCAGAUACUUGGUUUGUAACCAGUCAACAGUUGUUGGAAUGGAUGAAAAAUCCGGUUCCGGCCGAUCAACUUAAAGAUUAUCCACCUUUCUCAUGCCAGGCUCCUAAAAUUGGAAGAGAAAUUUGCAAUGGUUUGGAUGAUGACGGAAACGGGACAAUAGAUGAUGGACUUAAAGAAACGUGUAAUUUCAACACGGAAGUAUGGAGUACUUGUUACGGAUGUCCUAAUGCUAUCCCAUCUCUUAGCAAUCCUGUUCCAGAUGGUGGUAGCCGUGCUCGUGUACCAACAACUUGUGAUACGGUUUGGUGGGACCCCAUUGGUAAUCAAUGUCUCUGUCAAAGUGAUUCAUGCGCGUACACUGAUUUAAGUAAAGCACCGGGUUUGGUUGGAAACAGCACUAAUGGUUCCGGCAAAAGUGAUAAUGGCAAAUCUAAAUCAAACGGAGCAAAUUCAAUAACUGGUUGGGGUAUAAUGACUUUGAUACCAGUCAUAUAUACAUUUGUACAAUGGAUCUUUUAA